AUGUGUCAAUCGCUUGGUUGGAUUGUUCCCAAAUCGGGGACGGGCUCCUAAACAGUGACCUGACAGGAAAAGGUGUCAGUUGCCCGUUUUGUAACCAAUACUUUGGUGUAAAUUACUUGAUCGACAGCUUUGUAUCAUUCCCAACACGAUUAUGAGAAGUUAGUUGAGUAAGAGUAUCAGGGUGGCAAAACCAAAAUAAAGGGAAUAAACUGAAAAGAAUAGAAGAUGAAUAAUUAAAUCAUAAUAAGAAGGCCUUUACGCUCAAUAAAUUUCGAGAGAAAGAGGUUUCUCCAGAAUUUUCAUAUUCUUUAUUACCUGAAAUUCAUAAAAUCCCCUAGUUCCUUUCAAAUUAACCGAAUAAACUUUUCUCAGAAGGUCCAAGAAGAUCCCAUUCGGACGAGGCGAUUUGGAAGCCGGCGGCUGCACUUUGUGUCAAAGUGGUCCCUGAAGGGUUCUUGCGACGGGUCCGUGAUUGGUUCUCGUCUUUAUUCGUCAUUUCACCGGUGAUUUGAUCGAUGGGAGUUUUUAUGAUAAAAUAUUGGUUUUUAGGACUCGAGAAGUGGCCGCCUUUUGAGUUUCAUCAACGGCUUGAAGUUCCCAACGGCGAUUGUACUGAUGCUUGUUUUGACGGUAUUUUUUCAGAACUUGUUAUAAGGAAUUAUUAUUUUGAAUCGGAGAAGAAUCAUUUAAAGCACCAAAUAUUUUAUGAAAUUGAAAAAAUUGCUUAUUUUAUAUUACUAAAAAAAAGGCCGUCCCAGACUUUGAGUUUUUAAAUUUGGCAGUCCCAAACUAACGGCUUGAAAAAUGACAGUCCCAAUUUUCGAGCUCAAAAAUAUUCUUUCUGUAUGCCGUGUUCAAAGUGAUUCCGCGAAAUUCAAAAUAGCCGUCAGAGAAAGAGAAAGAUAACUAAAUUUUGGAGGGUCAGAGACAAUUUCGCAUUUCGCGGAAAUUACUUUGAACACGGCAUAAUUUUAUAAUUUUAAUUAAUUUCCAGAGUAUCUCACUGCUUAUGGUGACGAUAAACACGUUGAAAUUGAUGUUCGGCUUCCGUAGCUUGCCUGUUUAUGCCCAGUUCAUUGAGGUAUUCCUAUUUCUCUUUUUUUUUUCUCAUAGAUUUUUUUUUUCAGGUUCAAACCCGGCAUAAAUAUGGGCUUUUCGGCGCAUUCGUCGAAAUUCUGAUUAUAUUGUGAGUUUUCAAAGUCGGAAAAUCUUAAGAAUGCUGAGAACUUGGCGUAUCUUGCAUUAAUGAAUAAUUUGUAACUUUGAAUAGAAAAUGGUUGUAAGCUUGAAAAUGUGAAAAAAAGCGAUUUCUGAGGCCUCUUUUUUUAGAUUAAUUUUUUUGGGUUCUUUAAAAAAAUAAAAUUUUUAUACUGGUUAGUAGCUGCUCUGCAAGUUAUGAAAAAGUUUGGAGCUCAUAAAAGGAAAUCCGAAUUAUUUCGGAGCAACUACAGAUAAUUCAGAUAGUCCAACCGGAUUUAGUCUUAGCUUUUCGAUCAACUAAUCAAGUAUCCAAAAGAGAUUCUAUGCUAGAUAAGGGAAUAAAUAAAAAAAAAAUCGUCGGUUUGCGCAAUCGCAUUCACCAAUGACUUGUAGAACAUCUUUUCCUUCUUCCAAUAAAAAAAAGUUAGGACGUUGAGCUUUCCCAUGAUCAGCUGCUUCUUCAUGUAGAAACAGUACGGCUUUAAGUAACAACUUUUUUGAGCUUCUCCCUCAAAAUUAUCCAGAAUGACGUGAUAUUUGGCAGAUACAUAAUCGCGACGUCAUUCAUCGGCCUGUACUCGCUGCCGUUGAUGCGACGGAUACGGCCUCGCGUCGGCGAAACCUCGAUGACCGCCGUCAUCAUCAACUCGAGCAUCGUCCUGGUGGCCAGCUCGGCUCUACCUGUCAUUGUCAACACCUUAGGUUUGUUCGAAACUUCUAGGAUCCAUGAUUAUCUUUAUGUUCCUAGGUUUGACCACCUUCGACCUUCUCGGCGCGUUCUCGUCUCUCGAAUGGCUCAGCUCCUUCCGGAUCGUUCUCGCCUACAAUCUGCUCUUCAUCACCUUGUCACUAGCUCAUCUGUUCACCCAGUUGACGGCUCCGAUGCGAAGGGAGAUCUUGAGAAGGUACUUUGAAUAAUUUAAAGAAACUGAAGUAGAUUUUAGCACAGAAAAAUAUAAAAAUUGUCACAUUUUCUUAGGAACUCCCCUAAAGAAGCCUAGAGAGAAAAAAACUUUUUUACGGGCUGAAAAAGUGGUCUCCAAAGAGUUAAAACUAAGGUGGUCCAUAUAGGGGUUUAGAAUCUACCCUCUUAGCCUCUGAAGCUCGAGUGGACCCUAAAGGGGUCUUUGAAUUCCAUUCAAAAAUGCUUAUUUAUUCAGUUUUUCCCAUGGAAAUGCUUCUUCCCUUAGAGUUUAUAACAAUUAACGACUAGCAUGUCCCCUUGAGGGAUCACUUACUAAAACCCCUAUAGCGAUCACUUUUUCAAGCUUUAAUAGACCCUAUAGGGGUUGAUAAGUUGCUCACUAGAGGGGUACCUCCGAGGGCCCUAAAAGGACCACUCUGGAGCUCCUAAGGAGUUGACUGAACCCUUUUUUUCGGCUAUUCUGUUAUUUUACUAAUUAUUCCCUAUUUUCAGACUCAACAUGGUCCGCUACCGAAUAAGGGAAUGGCGAACGCCGGCUCCAUCCGACCGAAAGAUGGACUGA